CUAUCCACUCUCCAUUUAAGUACAAGAAUCAUACCCCAGUCCAACUCACCUGGGUUAGUCUACUAUUCGUCAUUUCGACGAGCCGGGUGUUACAAUAUAGACUAUAGAGUAGCUGGCGACACACGGACAUUGCGAGAUAUCCUAUCAGAUCACGUACCGAUUUGCGCCCUUUCUUCCUUCUCUCCUUCUCUUCUCUUCCCGCCCUGUAGAACCACUUGUGAGCCAAGAUGAACCCAGCUUCUCUCCUUCAUGGUCGAAGACUUCCUUCUGCUGGAUCUUUACUGGUCGGUAUAUUGGUGGGACUCUUGGUAGCUUCUGUACUUAGAAGAGGGAGUAACGACGAAACCAACUGGCGAGGUACUGGUGGUCAAGCCAUUCGACCUAACCCCAUCUCGGGUUCAUCCCGCUUACAACGUUCUCAAAUCACUCUUCCUUCUCUUCAACAACGUUUUCAUAUUCUUCAACUCCUUGGUACUCUCACCGCACAUCACACAACAGAAUGUACUCGUCAUGUCCAACCUCUCUACGCUGAACAGGUGAAAGAACGAUACGAACCUUUAGUCGGACAUAAACGUCCUUGGGCCAAUUCUAAUUGGCUAUCUCGUCUUUUCGGUGGUGGAGUAUCUAACACUCAACUAGCUUUAGGUCGUACUGGUAAUAAUGGAAAUUACGGUGAUAGUCGAUCAGAAAAUAUCAGACGUGAUUUACAAGCUCAACAACAUAAAUAUUUCUUCGCUAUUAAUCUUUAUAAUUCCUUCGACGUCAUUCCGGACAUUUUUGCGACUUUGUUUCGUACUGCCGCCGUUUUGGGAUAUCAUAAUGUUUAUGUUUCCAUAUAUGAGAACGGUUCGAACGACCAGACAAAAGCUUUGUUGAGGAUAUUCGACGCGCUAGCUCGUACUGUUGGAUUGAGAGUCAUUAUCAGGACUUCGAUGCGUACAAGAGGACAGUUCAACCAUCGUAUUGAAUACCUCGCAGAGGUACGGAAUGCUGCAAUGGUACCGCUUCACGAGUUGAGAGAUAAUGAGAAUGAAGUGUUUGACAGUAUCGUUUUCAUGAAUGAUAUCCUACCCUGUGUGGAUGAUUUGCUCGAGUUGAUUUGGCAAUCGAGGAGACAGAACGCGGGGAUUACUUGUGCGGCGGAUUACAUGUAUCACGAUGAUAUUGGCGCCCCGGUCUUCUAUGACAAUUGGGUGGCAAGAGAUAUCAACGGUACCGCUCUUGAAAAUGCACCAUUUGAACAAGUGUUUCAUCACACAGAGUCGAAUCAUCGUUUCCAGCGUCAUCUUCCAAUUCAAGUCCAAUCAUGCUGGAACGGUAUUGCCAUCCUUGACCCUGCUCCAUUCUACCAACCCCCUCAUGUCAAAUUCCGUAUGGCUCGUCUUCCCGACGGAGAAUGUUCAGCAUCCGAAUGUUCAUUAAUCUGCAAUGAUUAUUGGAAUACUGGGUAUGGACGUAUCAUCAUGGUUCCCAGGGUCAAGUUGGCAUAUGAUCAAAAAGUAUACGACAUUAUCCAUCCUGAACGUAGGAAUCUUACCGCUAUCAGAGGAUACAAACGUAUUGGUGGAUUACCAGAUGAUCCACAUACGGAUCCACAGGAUAGAAGUUGGUAUGGUCCUCAUGAUCGGUUAUUCACCGCUGAGGAAGAUGAGGAAGUGGCUUUUCAACUCGGGCCGGAGUAUGUCUGGUGUUGGGGUUGGGACGGUGCGGGUGAUCUCGACGGACCUGACGUAGACCCUAUUUGGGAACAUAUGCCCCCUCGAACGUUUUCUGAAGAGUCCAUUCAGAUUAAGCAUUACCGGAAUCUACCGGGUUACUGAGCAUGUACAGUUGGGCUAAAGGGAUGGUGAUAGAUGCAUUUUACUUUAUCUGGGA